UGAUAGCAGCGAGAAACAGCUUCAUCGUACAUGUCUGUCUAUGGCCUCUAAACAUCUCCGAAACUCGCCGCCGCCGCUUCGUAUAGACCCGGUUACCCAAUUGACCCGAUUCGUUCCAGAAGCUUCUUCUUCACCCUUCAGCUAAGGGUCACUCUUGCUAGUGUGCAAACCAUGGGUGAUGCAAUUGAUUUGACUGGGGAUGGAGGAGUUCUCAAGACCAUUUUGAGGAAAAGCAAGCCGGAUGCUGUGGCUCCAUCGGAUGAUCUUCCUCUUGUUGAUGUACACUAUGAAGGCACGCUUGCUGAUACUGGUGAAGUAUUUGACACUACACAUGAAGAUAACACUAUAUUCUCUUUCGAGCUUGGAAAGGGUAGUGUUAUUAAGGCUUGGGACGUUGCAGUGAAAACCAUGAAGGUUGGAGAAAUUGCAAAAAUAACAUGCAAGCCGGAAUAUGCAUAUGGUAGUGCAGGAUCUCCACCAGAUAUUCCCCCAGAUGCAACACUUGUUUUCGAAGUUGAGCUACUUGCCUGUAAUCCGCGUAAGGGCUCCAGUCUGGGAAGUGUUACUGAGGAGCGGGCUAGGCUAGAAGAGCUGAAAAAGCAGAGAGAGAUAGCUGCUGCUGUCAAAGAAGAGGAGAAAAAGAAGAGAGAAGAAGCAAAAGCUGCUGCUGCAGCUCGUGUGCAAGCCAAGUUAGGAGCCAAGAAAGGUCAAGGAAAGGGUAAAGGGAAAGCAAAGUAGGGGCUUAAGACAUCUACAUAAUAAUCAAAUGGCUAUAUAUUUGUGUCCAUUAUCUCUCUUCAGUUUGAGUCCAUCCUAAAUGAAAUAAUUGUUAACAUGGUGCUAGACUGACUUCAGAUGCAUAAUAAUUUGAGCAUAGGAUAUUGGGUAGCUUACUAUGGAAUGAACAUGAAAUAACAUGGUUUUUCAUUGCAGUA